AUGAAGCCCUGCUCUGCUGCCGCUGCCACCGCCGCCACCGCCGCCACUCUCAUGGCAGCCACGGCUGCGGCCCAGAGCUACACCACCAUCGUCCUCACCGAAUCGGCCACGUCCACCACCACCAUUGUCCUGCCCGCCUGGCCGACCACGUGGACGACGGGCCAAACAGCAACGGCAACGGCGACGACGACAACGACGCCGCCCUCGCUGACACCGUACCCGGGCACGGGCACGCGGACGAGCUCGGGCACGGCCACCACGACCUCGCCGGCGACCGUGCCGACGGCCGGCGCCGAUGCCAUGAUGGUGCUGGACCGGGCGGCCCUGGGCUCGAUGGUCCUGCUUGCGAUGCUGGGACUGGUUGUUGUGUAG